AUGGCCGACAGCACCGGAGGAGCCACGGCUCUCGCCCCCAAGGUGGGCGAUGUCAAGCGCCGCUCUUUGUGGGAGCAGAUCAACAAGAUCAACGUUAUGGACAGCAGUGCCAUCUUCGAAAGCCUAGAGGCCCUCAAACAAGCACAUGAAGACGCGAGAGGAUUUCGUUGGAAGGCAAAGAAGACCCAGGCUGAGGAGGAUCGCAUCCGCGCUCAGUACAAGGGCUGGCUUCAGGCAUACCAUCUCAUCCCCAAGGACGACAGCGACGAGCUUAUCGGGCUGGCCGAGAAGGAUGUCGAUGCCCUCAUGUUCCCUGAGAACACCGACUCGCUGCAGCGCUUGCUGCGCAUGUUCCUGGCCUGGGUCGCAGAGUUCGGCGAAGGCAGAGAACUGAACAAGCGGAUCAGCUUCAAGGCAUACGUCAAGUAUCGCGCGGCACUCAUGUUCUGGACCUACCGAACUCGCACCAUGCACAACUUCAAGCCCGAGCUGCCUCGCAGCACCCUCUGGAACAACCUCACGGAGAUCAUGCAGUACUCUGCCAAGCGCUUUGGCCUCGAGCUCUCCGGCAAAAUCAAUGUCACCCACCUCGGCCUCGCAGAGCUGCGUCGACUGCUCGACUGGGACCUCAUCAACACGCCCUGCAUCGAGGUGGCUGAGGGUCACCAGCCCGCCUGGUGCAUCGGUCGUACCUGCGCGGUUCGCCCAGGCAGCAUCGGCAUUCAGCCGGGUGCCGAAGAACUUGAUUGCCUUACCUUCGGCGAUUUCGAGUUCUCGCGCGGUCGCGAACCCGGUCACUUCACCUGCACCAUCACGUUCCGCAUCCUCAAGACGAACCGUGAAGACAUCCAGGGAGCCCUCCAAAAGCCUGUCCAGGCACGCACCAUCAAAUGCGUGGUUCGCACGCCCAAGGUCGCUGGCAACCUCGUCUUUUCAAUCAUCCAUCGGGUCCUUGUCAUAGCUCUCCGUCGCAAUGCCCUGGACGGCAUCUCCACCAUCCAGGAGCUCCUCCAUGGCGACAAGCAACACAUCGUCUUCAAGCCAGAGUGCCUCAACCUGCCCCUCGUCCGUGCCUCGGCGCCUCGUGGGCUCGGCGUCAGUGAGAAGCCAGCCCUGGCAACCAGUCUCACCGAGUAUCUACAGCGCCGCGGGAAGGCAGUCGGCUUUCAGGAGAGGAUUACCUUCUACUCGCUUCGCCGUCGCACUGCGACCGACGUCACUCGCAAGGUCGGCCCCGACACGGCAAAACGCCUGCUCAACCAUGACCCGGACUCCGUCACCCUGCAACUGUUCUACGUCGACCUCGAGGCGACUACGGACCUCACAGCUCUCACGCUCGAUGAGCAAGUCGAGGAUGGAGGCCAUUCCAAAGACUUGGUGGCCGAGAAUCACCCUCUGGCCCUCAACGCGCUCAGUGCUGACAGCCUGCAGCGGGUGCAUGGCGCUGCGCUCAAUUCCAUGAUGUCCAAGAUCAUGCAGAACGACCCUCCACGUGUGCGCAACGAGCGUGAGCAGAAGAAUUACCGUCGCCGCGUUCGCCAAGCUGCUCUGAAUGCCCUCCUGUCUGAGGAGAGUCAGAAGCUGGGCGCUACUAUGACCAAGAUGGACUACCAGCAGCGCGUAGAUGAGCUGGACAAGUCCAAGACGAUGGACAAGGUCUUUGAGCUAGCUGUCAAGGCUCUCCGGGAGCAACACGCUGCCGCGGCGUCGACGGAAGAGGAAGAGGAAGAACAGCCCCAUGACACCAUCGACCCUGAGACCGGCUUCUACAAGAUGGACGACCAGGAUGUUGCCCUUAUGGUUGAAGAUGAUCUCGAGGACCAGGUCGACCCGCAGUCCACCGAGCCAGUGUUCCGCACUCUUGACGAUGAAGUCGAGGCUGGCGAUGACACUGAUUUCAACGACCUCGCCACCAAUAUUCCCUACGUGCAUAGCGUCGAGGUGUUCAUGGACAUCCUGAUGAACAACACCAUGAGCCAGUACGAGAACAUGAAGCACAACCCCAUUCCUUGCCCAUUGUGCCAGGAAGACGAGACCAUUGAUGAUGGCCUCAAGGGCAAACUUUACAACAGAAAGGACAUACUCGACGGUCACAUGCAUAGCAUCACCCAUUCGCGACUCGGACGCUGGAAGCGCGAGGCUCUGCAGAAGGCCGCCUCGCACCCCGAAGGUCGUGUCACUUGCCCUCUCUGCGAAGCAGUUGGCCUUACCCGCACGUACGAAAAGAUAAACCUGCUUGUCCGCCACGUGCGCUACGAUACCGUCAAUGCGCAGCAUGAAGACCUCAAGGUGCAGGGCGGCUGGUACGACAACGACUUUGUCCGAGAGAUGUCAGACUUGACCAGGCACAAGGCCGAGCGGCGCCAGCAAAAGAAGCGCCGCGAUUCAAUCACUGCCGCGGGUCACAGAUACUCGAGCGACGUGGCACUGAGCGCUGGCAUCCCUGUGGAGAACCGCCCGAGUCUCGUCCGCGGUGGUCCGCACGAGUACAAGCAGCCUGCGAAUACAUUCAUGACCAGUGUCAUGGAUAUCCCCAUGCCUUCUGUGCCGUUGCGCCAGCAGCGUAAUCUCUUCCUUGGCCCCAUUGGCGAAGCCGAGCCAAUCGAGCCAGCUCUGCAGAGCUUGCUUUUCUUCAGCCCGAGAACGGCGCCUUCAGGCCCUCCCAAGUCUUACCCCGAGGCCGCCCCCCAAGAGGAGGUUGAACCAGAGUUUGAGCACGAUGCCGGCGCUGAGGACGGUGGCGUAUCGGAGGACGAAGAGGAGUGAUCUGGCCAUGGCAAGAGCUGUACCUCGGGACGCGUUGUUGCUCAGUGCGUGAUCUGGCUUGGUCAUUAGACCAGUUUGGGACUUGAAAGUUCAUUGAGGCUCCGGAAGGAUUGACAUUUGGUGGGGUGUGGGAUUGAGCGUAUGGCAAAUAAAUGCACGGCAGGCUGACGGAUGCGCAUGGUGUCGCCCUUGGUGUCUCAAUGCUUGAGUUUCCAGACACGGGCAGGCACUCUCACAAGUGGCACGAUCAAAGUUGCAAACAAAUUUGUAGAGACACA